CUGCCCGAAUACGGCGGCCUGGACGAAUGGGUCCUGUGCCAGCCUCCCGGAACCGUGCUCUACUCCUGCCGACAGAUCGGCAGCCCGUUGCAGCAAAACAUCCUGAUCUUUGGACAAGGCAGCAUCGGCCUCAGCUUCACCAUGAUUCUUUCCCGCAUGGGCGCCCGCAACGUCAUCGUCGUGGACCCGCUGGAAUACCGACUCGAAAAGUCAAAGCAGAUGGGUUCAACCCACCGCAUCAAUCCCGACACACAGGACGUUCACGAAGCGGUCAUGGAGAUCACCAAGGGACGCGGGCCGGACGUAUGCGUGGAAGCCGCCGGCUACCCGGAUUCGCUCAACGAGUGCUUCCGCCACGUGCGCCAGUUCGCACCGCGCAUCACCCCCACCACCGGCGCCCGCAGCGGCGACCCCAUCAGCCAGAUCCAGGACAUGGUCGAUCUGCGCGCCCGCGGUUGGGCCGACCCCGCCGAGUUGAUCACCCACCGCGUCGGCUUCUCCGAAGUCCAGAAUGCCUACGAUAUGUACGAACAGCGUCUGGACGGCAUCAUCAAGGUCGUGAUGGACAUCAACUCCUAG